UAGUUGAUAUGAGUUUGUGAUGCGGGGUUGCGUUAAAUAAACAUUGUAAUUUAAGAUGACGGGACUCUACUCCCACACAAAAUAAAUCCAAUGUUUUUCAUAAAGACAGUAUAUCCUCUGGUGCGUGUUUCUCCACUCUACAUCUCUCCUAGUCCACACUCCUGGUGUUCAGGUUCAAGUGCUGCGAUAAAUACUCGAGCUCGAGCCUGUCGAUGAAAUUUUAAAUCAGUACUCGGUAGUGUUGCUUCAACUGCGGACUACAACAUUUCAAUAUCAGUAGAAUGAAGCAUUUGUGGAUUUUCAAUCUUAUCAACAUUUAUUGUUUUUUCAUUCAAAAAACAGUCGCCAAUAUUACUGAUGACCCAUUAAAUGUACUGACCAUAACAGUUGCUUCAAAUAGAACUGAUGGCUUUGAAAGAUAUUUAAGAUCAGCUCGUGUGUAUGAAUUUGAGGACAACGUUACAGUACUUGGUCUUGAUAAACCAUGGAAAGGAGGAAAUAUGAAGAGUGUAGGUGGUGGAUACAAAAUAAAUUUAUUGAAAAACGCACUCAAAAAAUUCAAAGAUGAUGAUAAUAAAAUUAUUCUAUUCACUGAUAGUUAUGAUGUUAUAUUUUCAUCGACAUUAGAACAAAUAGUAAAAAAAUUUAAAAGCUUAGACGCACGUAUACUAUUUGCCGCUGAAAAAUUUAGCUGGCCUGAUAAAUCAUUAGCGUCAAAAUAUCCAAAAGUUUAUCAUGGUGAACCCUAUCUCAAUUCCGGUGGUUUUAUAGGAUACGCAUCCGAUGUAUACGCAAUAAUAACUAAUAAAAAAAUAGAAGAUACUGAUGAUGACCAGCUUUAUUAUACGAAUGUUUAUUUGAAUGAAAGUCUUCGCCGGAAACAUAAAAUAAAACUUGAUCACAAGUGUGAGAUUUUUCAAAAUUUAUUUGGAUCUAUAGAGAAUAUUGAAUUGCGAUUCAAAGAAGAUGAAGCUUACUUACAAAAUACAUUGUACGAUACAGUACCACUGGUUAUCCAUGGAAACGGUCCUUCAAAACUGGUACUAAAUUCUCUGGGAAAUUAUUUGGCUAAAGCAUGGAAUCCAUCGGAGGGAUGUUUAAAUUGCUGGGACAAUACAAUAGAACUUUCAGAUGAAGAACAAAACACAUACCCGCCUAUUUUAAUAGCCAUUUUUAUUGAUAAAGCUACGCCAUUCCUCGAAGAAUUUUUGAAUAAAAUCGCCCGGCAAACUUAUCCCAAGUCCAAGUUACAUCUAUUCCUUUACAACAACGAAGCCUAUCACGAGAAAUUAGUGAAUAAUUGGAUUGAAAAAUUCGGCGAUCAGUACAAAAGCAAGAAAAUCAUUACUCCGUCAGAUCAAAUUGAUCCCGCAACUGCCCGAGAUCUUUCUCUAAAUUACUGCCUACUCAAAGAGUGUUCUGGAUACUUUUUCAUCGAAUCCGUGGCUCAUCUUGACAACGAACAUGCUCUUAAGUUACUCGUAGAACAGCAGAGAUCAAUUGUCGCGCCUUUACUACUUAGACCUGGACAAAGUUGGAGCAAUUUCUGGGGAGCUGUUGCUGACAACGGAUACUACGCACGUAGCUCAGAUUACAUGGAAAUUAUUGAAAAUAAACGCCGAGGGCUGUGGAAUGUUCCGUAUAUUACUAAUUGUUACUUGAUCAACGUAACAGUAAUCAGCAAUGCUGCAACCCGGCCCCAAUUUGUAGCCAAUGAUUUGGAUCCGGACAUGUCUUUUGCUAUAACAAAUCGACAAAAGGGCGUUUUUAUGUACGUAAAUAAUCGCCUAGAGUUUGGCCAUCUUAUAAAUACAGAUAGUUAUAAUACCCUUUACACAAAUCCUGAUUUGUACGAAAUAUUUAACAAUAAAAAUGACUGGGAGAAACGUUAUCUCCAUGUUAAUUACUCGAGAAACUUUGAUGAGGACAAUACGCCUGUUCAGCCAUGUCCUGAUGUCUACUGGUUCCCAAUAGUAUCGCCAAGAUUCACCAAAGAGUUUAUUGAAAUAAUGGAAGCAUUCGGCCAGUGGUCUGACGGAUCAAAUCAUGAUUCUCGGCUACAAGGUGGUUAUGAAAACGUACCAACGCGUGAUAUUCACAUGAAUCAAGUCAAUUACGAGCCUCACUGGUUGUAUAUACUCAAGGAGUACGUCAGACCAUUGCAAGAGCUCGUUUUUCUCGGAUAUUUUCACGAUCCACCGAAGUCACUGAUGAAUUUCGUCGUGAGAUACAGACCAGAUGAGCAGCCUUCACUGAGACCACAUCACGACAGCUCGACAUACACAAUAAAUAUUGCGUUGAACAGAGCUGGAGUUGAUUACGAAGGAGGUGGCUGUCGAUUCAUACGUUACAAUUGUUCAGUCACUGACACCAAACCUGGCUGGAUGUUGAUGCAUCCUGGGAGAUUGACUCAUUAUCACGAGGGUCUAUUAGUUACUAAAGGAACUAGAUACAUCAUGAUAUCGUUCGUCGAUCCAUGAUUCAAUGACCGCGCUAGUGAAUAAUGAAAUUCAAAUUAUGUCAUUUCAUUUUUUUUUUAUCAUUCAAUCCCCGUGACUUCGAUAAUUUACAGAUUAAUUAAAUCUAUUGAAUUGUAUUAUUUUUUACUGAAAAAAUUAUUUAAUUAAUUUUUACGCAAGAGACUAAUUAUCCUUAUCAUUAAUAUUCUUUACGAUGAUAACUAAUUUACGAAUAAAUUUAUAUAAGUAAGUAAUAAUGUAAAUAAUAAUA